AUGGCAGAUCCCGUCAUGCUAGAGACGCCUCCGACGGCAUGGUUUCUAUUCCUCUUCCCGCUCUUCCUCUCGUUUGUGUUUUAUUACUGGUUCACUUGGAAGACAGGAAAAAGGCAACAGCUUGCAGGCAGACUCCCGCCAUCACCACCGGCGCUGCCCAUCAUCGGCCACCUGCACCUCCUCGGCUCGCUCCCGCACGUCUCGCUCCGCAGCCUCGCCAGGAAGCAUGGCCCUGACGUGAUGCUCCUCCGUCUUGGCGCCGUGCCGACGCUCGUCGUGUCGUCGCCGCGUGCCGCAGAGGCCGUGCUGCGCACGCACGACCAUGUCUUCGCGUCACGGCCACACUCCAUGGUCACCGACAUCCUCAUGUACGGCUCGUCCAACAUCGGCUUUGCGCCAUAUGGCCAAGGCUGGCGGCAGGCAAGGAAGCUCCUCACCAACCACAUGCUGAGCGUUAGAAAGCUCCUCACCAACCACAUGCUGAGCGUUAGGAAGGUCCAGUCUUUCCGCAGCACCGUCAUGUUGGGGGUGAGCAUGGUGAUGGCGAAGAUUAACGAGGCUGCCAGAGUCGGUGGUGUGGUGGAUAUGAGUGAGCUGCUCAAGACAUUCACAUAUGACAUGGCAUACCGCAUCGUGUCCGGUGAAUUCUUCCUAAAAGAAGGACGGAGCAAGUUGUUCCAAGACCUCACCAAUGAUACCUCACUGCUGCUAGGAGGGUUCAAGGUGGAGGAAUACUUCCCAACAUUGUCUAGGGUAGGACUGCUUAAAAGGACAGUUCGUGCAAAGGCUGAGAGACUAAGGUAUAGAUGGGCCGAUCUGCUGGACAAGGUGAUCGAUUAUCAUGAGAACAAGGACAAGUCAGUGUUAGAUAACCAGGGUGGUAAUUUCGUCGAUAUUCUCUUGUCUGUUCAGCUGGAGUAUAGUCUCACAAGAGAACAGAUUAAAGCUCUCCUAACCGAUGUAUUUUUCGCUUCAACUGACACGUCAUCUAACACCCUCGAAUUCACAAUGGCUGAGCUCAUGAGGAGGCCCCGCCUGAUUGGGAAGCUACAAGACGAGGUAAGGAGUAUUGUACCCCAGGGACAGGAAAUUGUCAGUGAAGCCGACAUGAACAAUAUGACAUACCUAAGAGCAGUCAUAAAGGAGUCACUCCGACUUCAUCCUGUUGCACCUUUACUUGCUCCACACCUUGCCAUGGCUGACUGCAGUAUUGAUGGGUAA